CAUUGCUGUCAAAACGUGGACUUGACUGAAAAGAUUGUAACCUUAGUAAAAUCGAAAUUUUAAGUUUAAAUUUGUGCAACUCGACAGUGAAACGCAAUUAAAAUGGCGAAUCAGGAAUUCGAGAAACAUAUCGCUCCUAUCAUAGUUACUAGUGUAGCAGUAAUCGUGAUUUGGUUAUUCAUUAAAUGUGUGUCAAGUAUAUGUUCCAGCUUGUUCAGUGGUCCACAAGAAUAUGUUGUUCCUACACAACCAUAUAUCAAUGAAUCGUAUUCUUUGAGAGACAGGCAAAAUUACAUAAGGGGGGCCAAACAAGUAGUAGCGAUUGAUACAGAAAGUGUCGGCGGGGGCCCUCGCGGCUCUGUGAAUAUACUCGCAAGAGUAUCCAUUGUCGAUAGACAUAGAGUUAUUUAUGAUGAGUAUGUUAUACCAUUUAGGGCGGUAACAGACUAUAGAAUGCCAUGGAGUGGUAUAUGUAAAGAAGAUCUCACUGAUGCUUAUAAGACAUUUCAUGAAGUCAGGCAGGACGUGGCAAGGAUUCUUCAAGAUAAAAUUUUGGUUGGCCAUGAUUUGCAAUUUGACCUGAAAGCCUUGGAAAUGACCCAUCCUUCUGAAGACACUAGGGAUACAUCUUUGUACAAGUCUUUUAGAUAUCCUACAACUAAACCUAGUUUAAAGUAUUUAUCGAAGAAAUACCUGAACAGGGACAUACAAGUCGGUGACCAUUGCUCGUUAGAGGACGCGCGCGCAGUCAUGGAUCUUUACCUGCUCGUUGAACAGGAAUGGGAGAAAGAAAUGGCGUUUUAUUAAUGCUACUUCGAGAAAACGAAGCAAAACAGCUCUGACCACGGCCUGCAGCGAUUUUUUUUAAAGCAACAAGUUAAAACAAGACUAUAGCAAUGAAAGGUUGGUUAUUAGAGAUGCACCGGAUAUUCGGUUACUAUCCGGCUAAUAUCCGGCCGGAUACCGGAUAGUGACGUAAUAUCCGGCCGGAUACCGGAUAGUAACAUGGCUUGAUUUCGGAGUAAACAAAUUAGAUCUCAGAAACAGACA